AUGUCUGCUUCGGGUGUCAACGUGGACCUGAGCUCGAAAGCUCGGUUGAGAAAAUCACAGAAGUCGCCGCUGUCGCCCUUAAAGAAUGAGACUACCGACGAUGUGGACUCUGCUGAGGCCAAAUACGAAGAGUCCACCUCCUCCGCUUUGCUCAAAUUGGAGAAGUGGUUGGCUCCUCUCACCUUUACCGUUUUGUCCUUCCUUUUGAGAGCUUACAGAAUCUCCGUCAACAACCACGUCGUUUGGGAUGAGGCCCAUUUCGGUAAGUUUGGCUCGUACUACUUGAGACACGAGUUCUACCACGACGUGCACCCUCCCUUGGGUAAGAUGCUUGUGGGUCUUUCUGGCUACAUUGCCGGCUACAACGGCUCUUGGGAUUUCCCAUCUGGUGAGCUUUACCCAGACUACAUUGACUACACCAAAAUGAGACUCUUCCAGGUGUUGUUCUCCGGCUUGUGUGCCCCUGUGGCUUACUUCACCUGUAAGGAGAUCGGCUUUUCCAUCUUGUCGACCUGGCUUUUCACAACCAUGGUCACUUUUGAAUUGUCUUACGUUACCUUGGGUAAGUUCAUUUUGCUUGACUCCCCUCUCUUGUUCUUCACCACUGCUACCGUCUUGGCUUUCUCCCGCUUCAACAACUUCAAUAACCGUCCUCAGGAGUUCACCAGAAAAUGGUGGAAGUGGCUUUUGAUCACUGGUGUGUGCAUUGGUUGCACCAUGUCCACCAAGAUGGUGGGUUUGUUUGUCACCACCCUUGUUGGUAUCUACACCGUGGUUGACUUGUGGAACAAGUUUGGUGACAGAACUAUUACCUGGAAGAAGUACUUCUACCACUGGCUCGCCAGAAUCUUGGCUUUGAUCAUUGUGCCAUUCUGCGUCUUCUUGGUCUCCUUCAAGGUUCAUUUUGACCUCUUGUACAAGUCUGGUACCGGUGAUGCUAACAUGUCUUCCUUGUUCCAAGCCAACUUGAAGAACAGUGAUGUUGGUGGCGGUCCAAGAGAUGUUACUAUUGGCCACUCCUAUGUGACCCUCAAGAACCAGGGCUUGACCGGUGGUUUGUUGCACUCCCAUGUCCAGACCUUCCCAGAGGGUUCCAAGCAGCAGCAGGUCACUACCUACUCUCACAAGGACUCCAACAACAACUGGAUUUUCCAGAGACCUCGUGGUGCUCCAUACUACGAGCCUGAGACCGACAAGAACCCUGAGUACGUCAUUGACGGUAUGACUGUCAGACUUAUGCACCCAAUGACUGGUAGAAACUUGCACACCCACGAGAUUGCUGCUCCUGUCAGUAAGUCCGAGUUCGAGGUUGCCGGUUACGGUAACUUGACUAUUGGUGACCUCAAGGACAACUGGGUUGUUGAGAUCAUGGAGUCCUUCGGUAAGGAGGACUCCUUGAAGUUGCACCCAUUGACUACUUCCUUCAGAUUGAAGAGUGCUGCUUUGGGCUGCUACUUGGGUGUUCCAGGUAACUCUUUGCCUCAGUGGGGUUUCAGACAAGGUGAAGUUGUCUGUUUCAAGAACCCAUUCCGUAAGGACAAGAGAACCUGGUGGAACAUUGAGAACAACAGAAACGAGAUUUUGCCAAACGCUCCAGAGGACUUCAAGUUGCCUCGUACAAACUUUUUCAAGGACUUUAUUCAGCUCAACUUGGCCAUGAUGGCAACCAACAAUGCUUUGGUUCCUGACAGCGACAAGCAGGACGACUUGGCCUCCAAGUUCUGGCAAUGGCCAACCUUGCACGCUGGUAUCAGAAUGUGCUCUUGGGCCUCUGAUAAGGUCAAGUAUUUCUUGAUUGGCUCCCCUGCCACUACUUGGCCAUCCACUUUUGCUGUCGUUUUGUUCUGCUUCGUCACCUUGUACCACUUGAUCAGAUGGCAGAGACAAAUCAAUGAUUUCCAGGACCCACACAAGCUCAAGACCUUCUUGAUGGGUGGUAUUUACCCAAUGUUCGGCUGGGGUUUGCACUACAUGCCUUUCGUCAUCAUGGGCAGAGUCACAUACGUCCAUCACUACUUGCCUGCAUUGUACUUCGCUAUGUUGGUCUUUGUCUAUGAGAUCGAUGCUUUCACUGCUCCUUUGAAGCGUUCUUCGACUCCCGCUGGCCGUGCUGCUUACCUCGGUAUCUACAUUGGUUUGUACGUAUUGGUCAUUGGUACUUUCUGGUACUUCAGAUGGAUCGCAUUCGGUAUGGAAGGCCCUAAGGAGAACUGGAAGCACUUGGACCUUUUGCCCUCCUGGAAGGUGGCUAACGACAACUAUGUCUAA